AUGUUCGUGCGCCAUACAUCACUAGUGUUGGAGUUCCUGGCUGCACAUGGAUGGUUUGUCCUGGGGGGCAUCGCAGCAGCCAUCUACAUCUACCACAAGUUACGGCCGACGCUCGACAGGUGGCGCCAGCAGCGUGAGGAUGCAGAGUACCAUAAGAACCCGGACGUGGCGCUGGCCCGCAUGGAGGCAGUGCAGCGCGCGCGCGAGGCCCAGCAACAGAAGUUGUUGGCUGACUCACAGAGGGCGCUAGAGCUGCAGAAAGAGCUACAGCGUCUGUCUGUCUGUCUGUCUGUCUGUCUACAGAAAGAGGAACGUAAGCGCGCGGAGCUGGCGGAGCGGCUGGAGAAGUAUGGCGCCGCCGCCGGCGGACACCGGCUCGGGGAGAGGCAGGACGAGAGCGUGUUGGAGUUCCUGGCUGCACACGGAUGGUUUGUCCUGGGGGGCAUCGCAGCAGCCAUCUACAUCUACCACAAGUUACGGCCGACGCUCGACAGGUGGCGCCAGCAGCGUGAGGAUGCAGAGUACCAUAAGAGAGACGUGGGCACCUCCUGGCAUCCACGACACACAGUUCACGUGGGUGUAAAGCAAUUCAUCUUCUUUGUUCCAGUGUUGGAGUUCCUGGCUGCACACGGAUGGUUUGUCCUGGGGGGCAUCGCAGCAGCCAUCUACAUCUACCACAAGUUACGGCCGACGCUCGACAGGUGGCGCCAGCAGCGUGAGGAUGCAGAGUACCAUAAGAACCCGGGCGUGGUGCUGGCCCGCAUGGAGGCAGUGCAGCGCGCGCGCGAGGCCCAGCAACAGAAGUUGUUGGCUGACUCACAGAGGGCGCUAGAGCUGCAGAAAGAGAGAGAGGAACGUAAGCGCGCGGAGCUGGCGGAGCGGCUGGAGAAGUAUGGCGCCGCCGCCGGCGGACACCGGCUCGGGGAGAGGCAGGACGAGAGCGACUACUUGCCACUGAGCGGAGGAGCGUCCACGUCCACGUACCGCCCCCCCAAGAAGUCCAAGUGCGGCGGCGGAGGCUGCGGCCGAUAGCCCGAGGGACUGGGGGACGGCGCAGUACGCGACUAGAACAACGAUUGCGAGUGUCGCGGCCAUUCUGUGCUCCUCUUUAUAUCUAUCAUCAAUAAAUAUACGCCCUCUUGGGAGAUAUGCGCGUGUCUCAUUUCCGCCCCACUCGCUGCUCG